AUGGAACCGAUGGAACGCGAAAUAGUCACGCAGCACCUGAUCGACCCCGAGAUCUGCAUCCGGUGCAACACCUGCGAGGCGACUUGCCCGGUGGAUGCGAUCACCCACGAUUCGCAGAACUACGUCGUGGACGUGGACAAGUGCAACCAUUGCAUGGACUGCGUCGCGCCGUGCCCGACCGGCUCGAUCGACAACUGGCGCCUGGUGCCGCGCUCGAUGGCGUACAGCCUGGCGGACCAGUUCGGGUGGGAGGAGCUGCCCGAGGAGCCCCCGGCAGAGCGGCUCGCCGCCGAAGGCGUCGCAGCCGGUUCGGCGCCAGUGAUCGAGCCGGUCGCGCCGCCGCUCCCGGCCGCCGGGAACGGCACCAGUGCGCAGAGGGGCAUGCGCUUCGGUUCCACAACCCCGCCCUGGUCGGCCGCGCACCCCUGCACCAACCUGUAUGGGGCCAAGGCGCCUGAGCCAUGGAUCGUGGCGACGGUCAGGGGCAACAUGCGGGUCACCGACGCUGGCCAGGAAUACGAUACCCAUCACGUCGUCCUCGACUUCGGCGCGCGCCCGUUUCCCGUGCUCGAGGGGCAGUCGAUCGGGGUGAUUCCGCCCGGGGCCGGCGACAAGGGGCGCCCGCACCACCCGCGCCGGUACUCGAUCGCAAGCCCGCGAAACGGCGAGCGUCCCGGCUACAACAACGUCUCGCUCACCAUCAAGCGUGUGCUCGAGGAUCACCACGGCAACCCCGUGCGCGGCGUGGCGAGCAACUACCUGUGCGAUGUCCAGGUCGGCGACGAGGUGAAGGUCGUCGGGCCCUUCGGCACGAGCUUCCUGAUGCCCAAUCAUCCACGGUCCAACAUCGUGAUGAUUUGCACGGGUACCGGCAGCGCCCCAAUGCGGGCGAUGACGGAGUGGCGCCGCCGGCUGCGCAAGACCGGGAGGUACGAAGGCGGGAAGCUGAUGCUCUUCUUCGGCGCCCGCACGCGCGCGGCGCUGCCCUACCUGGGGCCGCUCCAGAACUUGCCGAAAGACUUCAUUGACAUCAACUUCGCGUUCUCGCGGGAGAAGGGUCGGCCGAAGCGCUACGUGCAGGACGUGAUGCGUGAGCGGGCCGGCGACCUCGCCGCGUUGAUCGCCGAUCCGGAUACGUACAUCUACGUCUGCGGACUGCGGGCGAUGGAGGGCGCAGUGGCGCUCGCGCUGCGCGACGUCGUCGAGGAGGCGGGACUGGCGUGGUCCACCCUCGGCCCCGCGCUCAUGUCGGGCGGCCGACUGCACCCGGAGACGUACUGA